AUGGGACAGGUGAUAAGGAGACUCCAAGAAGUUGGCUUUCGACCACAAGAUUUUCUUGGUUUGCCAGUAGAGCUUUCUCGUUUGGAGGAUCGCGGUGUAUCUGAUAGAGAGAAUGACAGACAGUCACAGCUGUCCAACCGAUUCCCUGAUCUGGCUGAACUGCCACCAGAAAUUGGCCUGGAAGUGUUAUCCCAUCUGGAUGCCACAGAUCUGUGUUUGGCUGCUUGUGUUUGGUCCCACCUGGCUAAUGAUGAACUUCUCUGGCAGAGUCUGUGCAGGAGUUGUUGGGGCAGCGUCAGCAUCUACAACAUACAGAGACAUGAAGAGUUCUCCUACAAGCAGUUGUUUAUGUUGCUGGACGAGGCUUGCCUGACAUUCAACACUGACCCUAGUGCUGGCAUACAUUAUCUUACGUCAAAAGGAAUCCUCCUUGACAAACCGAUAGAGAUAGCCAGAUUUCUGCAUUCUACUAAACGCCUGUGGCCAAGCAAGAAGUUGGAAUUUCUGCAACACAGGCCAGAUGUACUUGAGUGCCUUGUGCAGCUGCAACACUUCCAGAACCAGUUCCUACCUAAUGCCCUGCGGAAGUUCUUCCGAGAGGUGUCAGCGCCUAGAGACAGGGGAAGCACACUGACAAUGAUGAUUGAGAACUUCUCUAAACGGUUCUGUGCCUGCAACCCCAAGCUUGGCCUCAGUAAAGAUGCAGUUUUCAUCCUGUGCUUCUCCCUGAUCAUGUUAUCCGUGGAUCUGUGCAGCCCACAGGUCAAGAACAAGAUGUCCAAACGAGAGUUCAUCAAAAACACCUGCCGUGCCGUCUCUGGAGCUCAGCGGAGACCUGGCUGGCCACAUGUAUGA